AUGGGGAAGGGGCUGGAGGGGACAGCAGCCCGCUGCGGGCUGGGACUGGGAUACCUGCUGCAGACGGUGGUGCUCCCCGCCCUGGCCGUCCUGGGGGCCAGCCGCCCCGGCUCCGCGGCGCAAGAUGAUGACUUUUUUCAUGAGCUUCCAGAAACUUUUCCAUCUGAUCCUCCAGAGCCAUUGCCCCACUUCCUCAUUGAACCCGAAGAGGCUUACAUUGUGAAGAACAAGCCCGUGAAUCUGUACUGCAAAGCAAGCCCAGCCACACAAAUCUAUUUUAAGUGCAACAGCGAGUGGGUUCACCAGAAGGACCAUGUGGUGGACGAGAGAGUAGAUGAAACCUCUGGUCUGAUUGUCCGGGAGGUCAGCAUCGAGAUUUCCCGGCAGCAAGUGGAGGAGCUCUUUGGGCCAGAGGAUUACUGGUGCCAGUGCGUUGCCUGGAGCUCUGCAGGCACCACCAAGAGCCGGAAAGCCUACGUCCGCAUUGCAUAUCUCCGGAAAACUUUUGAGCAGGAGCCCUUAGGGAAAGAAGUGUCCCUGGAGCAAGAGGUCCUGCUCCAGUGCCGUCCCCCUGAAGGCAUCCCAGUAGCUGAGGUGGAGUGGCUGAAGAAUGAAGAGGUGAUUGACCCCGUGGAAGACCGGAACUUUUACAUCACCAUUGAUCACAACCUGAUCAUCAAGCAAGCCCGGCUUUCUGACACCGCCAAUUACACCUGUGUUGCAAAAAACAUUGUGGCCAAAAGGAAAAGCACCACAGCAACUGUGAUAGUCUAUGUGAAUGGAGGCUGGUCCACCUGGACAGAGUGGUCUGUGUGUAACAGCCGCUGUGGGAGAGGCUUCCAGAAGCGCACGAGGACCUGCACCAACCCUGCCCCGCUCAACGGCGGCGCCUUCUGCGAGGGCCAGAGCGUCCAGAAAAUAGCUUGCACCACUCUGUGUCCAGUGGAUGGCAAGUGGACAUCCUGGAGCAAGUGGUCCACCUGUGGCACUGAGUGCACUCACUGGCGCCGCAGAGAGUGCACAGCCCCAGCUCCCAAGAAUGGGGGGAAGGACUGCGAGGGGCUGGUGCUGCAGUCCAAGAACUGCACGGAUGGGCUCUGCAUGCAGGCUGCUCCUGACUCAGAUGAUGUUGCUCUCUACGUGGGGAUCGUCAUUGCUGUGAUCGUGUGCCUGGCCAUUUCCAUGGUCGUGGCCCUGUUUGUCUACCGCAAGAACCACCGGGACUUUGAGUCAGAUAUUAUUGACUCCUCGGCACUAAACGGGGGAUUUCAGCCUGUCAACAUCAAGGCUGCAAGGCAAGACCUCCUGGCAGUGCCACCAGACCUCACUUCUGCUGCAGCCAUGUACAGAGGUCCCGUGUACGCCUUGCAUGAUGUCUCUGAUAAAAUCCCAAUGACCAACUCUCCAAUCCUGGACCCCCUCCCAAACCUGAAGAUCAAGGUUUAUAACACUUCUGGUGCAGUCACUCCCCAGGAUGACCUUUCUGACUUCUCCUCCAAGCUGUCCCCACAGAUUACGCAGUCUCUGCUGGAGAAUGAGACCCUGAACAUGAAGAACCAGAGCCUUGCCCGGCAAACUGACCCAUCAUGCACUGCCUUUGGGACCUUCAACUCCUUAGGAGGCCACCUAGUAAUUCCCAAUUCAGGAGUAAGUUUGCUGAUCCCAGCGGGAGCCGUUCCACAAGGGAGAGUCUAUGAAAUGUAUCUGACAGUUCACAGGAAGGAGAACAUGAGGCCACCUGUAGAAGACAGCCAAACCCUGCUGACACCUGUGGUGAGCUGUGGCCCACCAGGAGCCCUGCUAACCCGGCCUGUCAUUUUAACCAUGCACCACUGCGCAGAGCCAAACACAGAGGACUGGCAGAUCCAGCUGAAGCACCAGGCUGCCCAGGGACCAUGGGAGGAUGUGGUGGUGGUUGGAGAGGAAAACUUCACCACCCCGUGCUAUAUCCAGCUGGACCCAGAGGCCUGCCAUAUCCUGACAGAAACCCUCAGCACCUAUGCCUUGGUGGGACAGUCAAUCACCAAGGCAGCAGCCAAACGUCUCAAACUGGCCAUCUUUGGACCUCUAUCCUGCUCUUCCUUGGAGUACAGCAUCCGGGUCUACUGCCUCGAUGACACGCAGGAUGCUCUUAAGGAGGUCCUCCAGCUUGAGCAGCAGAUGGGCGGGCAGCUUUUAGAAGAGCCUAAAGCUUUGCAUUUCAAGGGAAGCACCCACAACCUCCGUCUGUCCAUUCAUGACAUUGCCCAUUCUCUCUGGAAGAGCAAGCUGCUGGCCAAAUACCAGGAGAUUCCCUUUUACCACAUCUGGAGUGGAUGUCAGAGGAACCUGCACUGCACCUUCACACUGGAAAGGUUCAGUCUGAAUACCCAGGAGCUGGUGUGCAAACUGUGUGUGCGGCAGGUUGAAGGAGAAGGACAGAUCUUCCAGCUUAACUGCUCUAUCUCAGAGGAACCUACUGGCGUUGAUUAUCCUCCCAUGGACUCAGCAGGCACCAUCACCACCAUCGUGGGGCCCAGCGCUUUCAGCAUCCCCCACCCAAUAAGGCAGAAGCUGUGCAGCAGCCUGGAUGCUCCCCAGACCAGAGGCCACGACUGGCGCAUGCUGGCCCACAAGCUGAAACUGGACAGGUACUUAAAUUAUUUUGCUACUAAAUCAAGUCCCACCGGGGUGAUCCUGGAUCUCUGGGAAGCCCAGAAUUUCCCUGAUGGCAACCUGAGCAUGCUGGCAGCAGUUCUUGAAGAAAUGGGAAGACACGAAACAGUUGUUUCUUUGGCAGCAGAAGGAAAUUACUAAUGCAGCCUUGGCUUGACCAGGAAGGACAGACACAGGGAGCGGUAAUGCCCUGUUAUUGCAAACAAGAAUUGAAAUGAAAACCCAGACCAAUGAAUUACACAAGAGACGUUUCAGAGAAGAAAGUAAGCAAACAAACAAAAAAAACAGCCCUGACCUUCACACGUGCUCUCCUUGUACAUUAUCACAGGAUCAGAAAGAGAUCAUGCAAAGUUGUACCUUGAAAAUAUAAAUCAACCUAAUGUUCCUCUCGGCUUGGCUGUACACUG